AAUCGUGGAAGUGGAAGUUCAUUCAUCCUCUUUCGAAAUCAAGAACAUGCUCAACUCCAUAAUCUUUUCUUGACGAAGCACGAACGAAAUCUCCACGCUAUCUCCAUUUCUCCAAUCUUCUUCUUCUUCUUCUUCUCAUUCCGAUGAACUCUCCAUUUCCCUGAUCUUUCUUCACAUCAUUCGCAAAUCCAAAAGUAUUCAAGCAGAAAACAAAAAACGAGCAUGUCGACUGAGAGGCACACUUCCAAUCCUGCAUCUCCAGAAGAAAACGCCCUGUUCCUCGAUAUACUUCAUGAGGCACCUCUAUUUGGUCACAGGAAACCGAGGAGUAUUGUUGGGGGAAUUCUCUACUGUUUAGUACUGGCAAGUUAUGCUAUUUUGGCUGCGGGAGCUCCUUGGAUAUUUCAUCCCAUAAAGAAAUUAAUUCCUCCUUUGCUUUGCAGCUGUGAUGUUGUUCUUUUAAUUGUUACAGGUAUUUUUCAACAAUAUCUGGUUUAUCAAGUUCAGAAAAUUCGAUUGCAGGGUUAUUACAGUUUCAGUCAGAAGUUGAAGCACAUUGUUCGCCUGCCAUUUGCCAUUACUGCAUAUGGAACUGCCGCAAUGCUGCUUGCCAUGGUUUGGGAAUCCUACAUCAGUAUUCUUUCUAUCUCUGCAUUAUUGAGGUAUCAUAGCACUUACCCGUUGUCCUGGUUUAUUUGCUUCAUAUGCAGGAUUAUUAUGUUGAUUGAAGUUGUUUGUGCUGGUUUCUUUAUAAGCAUGUAUGUUGGUUACAUACACCGUUACAAUUCCUUGGAUUCUCAGCCAGAUGUUUUGAAGUCAUUGUAUUCUCCCCUUCAAGCAUCAAGUCCUCUAGAAGGUGUAAGGUAUUAUGAUGGUGGUCGACUCUCUGACCAGCAAAUGGCUUUAUUGCAAUAUCAGCGUGAGAAUCUCCACUUUCUUAGUGAGGAGAUUCUUCGAUUGCAAGAGUGCUUAAGCAAAUAUGAACGGUCUAAUGAUGGAAUCACUCCUCAGGUUGAUCUUGCCCAUCUGUUAGCAGCUCGUGAUCAGGAACUAAGGACACUUUCUGCUGAGAUGGAUCAACUGCAGUCUGAGCUUAGGCUUGCACGUUCUUUAAUAGCUGAGAGGGAUGCAGAGGUCCAUCGUGUUCACUCAACCAACAAUCAGUAUGUUGAAGAAAAUGAAAGGUUGAGAGCUAUUUUAGGAGAAUGGAGUACCCGUGCUGCUAAGCUUGAGCGAGCAUUGGAAGGUGAGCGGGUAUCAAAUCUUGAAUUGCAAAAGAAGAUUUCAACUCUCAAAAAUCAAGCACAAGCCUCAGCUGAAUCACAAGCCUCAGCCUCAGCCGAAUCAAGCGAGCAGCAGCUGGGAGUCUAGUUACUCCGUUUUGCACACAGGUAUAGACUGAUUUCUGAUAACUCAGAGAAAAAACACUAGUCUAGAAAGCCUAAUACACAAACGGGAGUCCUGUACAUGACAGCUUAUUGACCCAUCUUUGUUGUAUUUUCCAACAGUUUUCAAGUGCAGCAUGCUGAUUCCUUAUGAUUCAGUGCUGCAUAACUCAUUGAUGUUCUUCUAGUUGCUAACCCAUCAAGGCUGUAAAUAUUUGUGCUGAACCAUGCAGGGUGUUGGAUCCCAUCCAUAUUCGAGGACGCAAUUUUUCAUUGUUGCUGAAUUUUUCAAUAAUAAAAGAUAUUAAUUUGA